CCAAACAUACUCAAAUGCUACAGGCAGCCCAUCACUGUUAAGAGUUAUGGCUGACUCCAAUCGACAAGUAGACAGACUCUCAGCUAGUGAAUUAACUGUUUAUAAAGCGACAACUAUGUCUGGGUUACAGCCAUUUAACUAGCUCACUUAUCAGUUCGUUUGUUGCUAUUGGCUAACACACACUAUAUUUCAGAACGUAUUGCCAGUAGAAGUAACAUUCACUAUUAAGUAAGAGUCAACCCGAGGAAAAAACUGCCUCCACACAAGAAAACGGGAUACCACAAAGAUGGGAAGACUCAAGCAGUGGGAAAGAGGAUAUCCCGGACACGGCUAAUAACUUUUGAAAUUCUCCGAAAACAGAUCACGUUGCCUGUAUAAAUAACGUCAAAUAUUACCUGCGAGAAAGUCAAGAAAAAUAUGCCUCCACAUAAGAAAAAAGGGAUACCGGACAGAUGGGAAGACUACCAAGCAGCAGGGAAGAGGAUACCGGGGACACGGUUCAUCUCGUUUAAAGUCCCCCUAAAACAGGCCCUUUGUGAUCUCGUGGAGCAUUCUGAGCCAUUUGGUCCAAGGGAGCUGAUGCAGAUUCUGGAGAAAGAUGGACAGGAGCUUGGACUGAUCAUAGACCUCACCUUUACUACACGAUACUACAAACCUGAGGACCUUCCAGACUCAGUGUUCUAUCUGAAGAUCUUCACAGCUGGUCAUGAAAUUCCCAGUGAUUCAACAAUCCUUAGUUUCAAACGUGCUGUCUGCAGGUUUCUACGGGACAACACAGACAAUGAUAAGUUGAUCGGAGUGCACUGUACUCAUGGUCUCAACAGAACAGGCUACCUGGUCUGUAGGUACCUGAUCGAUGUGGAUGGGAUGGAUCCUAACAUGGCUGUAGAGUUGUUUAAUUCUUCACGGGGCCACUCCAUAGAAAGGAAGAACUACCUGCAAGACCUACAGACUGGGCCAAAGAGAAGUAAUGAUGGAAUGGAGAAGUCGGAGCUGGAGCCAAUCAGAGGCGGCUAUAGAAGUUAUCCUGACAAUCAUCGUGACAGCCAUUACAACCGGCAUUACAACCAUGGCCCCUCUGUGCCUCUCCACCGGAGGGGAAUGAACCACCAGAAACACAGCCGAUGCCUCCUUCCACCUCCUCUGCCUCCGCAUGGCAUGUGGUCCCCACAACCUGGUCUUCUCCCUCCGCCUAUCCUCAGCAAUUACCAGUGGAGGCCCCCCCCAGCAACAUGGCGACGGUAGGAGGCCCUACCCCCCUGGAGAGCACAGGAGGGGUGAGGCGGACUGGAGGUCACCCCCCCACCAUGAAGAAGAUAGAAGUCGCUACCCAUCUGGGCCUCCCCCUUACUCCCUCCCCCGUUACUCCCCCAAUGGGUGGACUAAUGAGCCUCCGAGGCUUGCCUCUUCACUGUUCUCUGAAGGGAUGAGUGGACCACACAGGUUUGCCCGCCCACGGCGCAGGAAGUAGAGCCUGGAUUCAUUGGGAGAGGAGGGAGGGAGGAGUGCAGUUGGUCUUUGAUAGAAGUGGUCUAAUAGGAUUUACUUUUUACAAACAGGUUUUUGAUGAGUCAGAGAAACCUUAGUUCACUUAAAUAAAGUGCCUGAUGGACUGUCAUUUUACUGGCUGACCUGUGGGGGAAUUGACUGACUGUUGAGGGAAUUGACUGAUGGACUGCUGGGGGACUGACUGAUUGGUUUCGGAUGUGAGUUUCUAGUGCACUCAUUUAACAGGGCAGGGCUUGUUAUGCCAUUUUAUUGUGAUUGCUGUAGUUUCUGUUGAGUGCUAAUAAAGAACAUUCGCAGCCCAGGGGUCAUACAGUGCUUAAGAAAAUCAAGUGGCAGGAUACCAUGAAAAUCACGUUGCCAAGGAUUUCAUUAGAGAACUGUGAGAGGUAGAAUCUUCCCCUGGUUUCCAGCUGAUAUGACAGGUGUUGCUUUUGUCUGCUAUGCUUGUUGUGGCUGAACCUUUUGGGAUUACUAUUGGGCAACAUAAUCCAUUGUUGACAUUAACUUGUCUUUUUAUACAACACGUUCCUUUGCAAAAGGUUGUCAUUUUCAUGUGUAUGAGAAUACAUUUCCUCAGUUUUUAAGGCCCAACGCAAUUUGUAUUUCAAAUAUUUUAUAGGAAACACAUAAUAUUUUUAACAGGCUUGUAAACUUGACCGAUUUCUCUGCUCACUCUUUACAUAUCCUCAUACUGUGCACUGUGUAUACCAAUAGCAGUAAAUCCACAAUUUACUCAGCUCUGUAUAAAGACAAAGAAAUAUGCUGAACUAGCUUUGAGAGUGAGUUACUUACAUAUACAACCAGGCUCUGCUCACUGUGUGAGAGCUGCACCUCAAACAACUUGGGUUUGUGUGGCUAAUCCUAUGGCUAUACCUGAUGGGAAUUUGUUGUAGAACUGUUAGGAGAUUAUUGGUCAAUGCCCACUCAAUUCGUUGCUUCCCAUGGCUAUCUACAAAUGUAAUACAUUUUUGCCCAACUCUGAAUAAAGAUACAUUGCUAUAGG